AUGAAAGGUUCAAAUGGGUCUGGUGUUGAUACUAGCUGCAACGGCGAAGAGCCUCAUUCGUGGCUGUCAGCGGAGGAGAAAGCAGGAAAAAAGGAGACGCUCAUCGUCCAUCGGGAACCUCAGUUAAGCCGCUUUGGGUUUAUUGACAUAUCCAAAGUUGUAAUCAGUUCUGUUCACGCACUAGAAAUGUUUUGGAGGAUUCUUCCGGGACCAUAAUUAUGGUCACUAUGCUGGCUAUGCUCUCUAGGAAAUGAAAAUUAGAUAUCUUUAUUCAACUACGUAGCUUUCUAACGCAUCUGAUUAGCUCCGGUGGUGUAGAUUUGUCUCCAGAACAACUUAAGCGGAAUCAAGAGCUGCGGAUGCGCUGGUGCAUUCGACUGCGAGAGGCUCUCGAACGCGCCGGGCCGGUCUUUAUUAAGUGGGGACAGUGGGCUUCGACGAGGUAAAAUUCCAAUCGUCCACUGCAAGUUUUUAACCAAACUUCUAAUAUGAAAUAGAACUUGCUUAAAGAUGGAUCCGACGAAGAAGUAAGUAAAUCUAAAUGGUUUCUGUUCGACAUGAUCUCCUCUCCCACAUUAUCGCCAGGUAUGAUCUCUUUCCUGUAGAGCUGUGUGACGAGUUGAACAAGCUGACGCAAAAUUCACCGGCGCAUACACUAGAGGAAACAAAAGAGAUCAUGAUCCGCAACUUUGGGCCUUCUGCUUUAGACUACGUCGACCUGGAACCGGAGCCGGUUGCAAGUGGUAGUAUAGGCCAGGUGUAUCGCGCUCGCGUGCGAUUAGGUGAGUUCCGCCACGACCAGUACAAAAAAGGUCUCGCGAACGCCGGAUGUGCUGGUAGCACGGAAGAUACACGAGAAAGUAGUGCCUCCUUGACCUCGAAGGGCAUUAAUGCGGUGGAUUCGAAUUCUUCACAUCAAACUCAAAGUACAACAACUAGCACUUCUAGCUUUUCUAGCCCUACCCCUACGAAAAAUAUGGGGGGUGUGGUGAAAAACGCAGAUCCUGACUACGUUGUGAAUGUGGCGAUAAAAGUCCAGCACCCGAAAUUGGAAGGCAUUAUGGCGAUCGAUUUUGCCAUUCUCGAACUUCUUUCGCGCUUCACCGAUGCCGUCUGCAAUGCGUACUACUUUGGAUGUACUGAUGUUCAUCCUCUAACUAUCAAUCUGUGUUUGUGCCUAGCAGGUCUUAAAUGAAUAGACAUGAUGAAGAGAGAAAAGAUCAACAUGUGUUUCCUUUACAGGCUUCUGAAAUGAUGACAAUCUUACGUUCAGUUCUGCUUCUGAGCAGAGUGAUGAACAACAGCCUAUCAUCUCUCAUCGCACUGAUUCAGAGGCCUGCUUUAGAGCACUUACGAUGAUCAGGAGAUAACUGGUAAAUACUAGUACGGCUACGUGAAUAAGGCAAGUUGAUCCUUGUUCCCCUUUGAAUUCGGGCGAUAUGCACAAGUAACUUUCGAAAAGCGAUAAUGUUGAUCCAUCUUGAUGUUUUUAGGUACUCCGUGAUCAAACAGAGAGACUGAUCGUGAUCAUGAUACUAGGUACAUGGAAAAUUCCUUGCGGCUGAAUCGCAUGCUGCGACAGUUCCAGGUGCACAUGGGGGACCAGUUGGAUUUUAACCUUGAGGCGGAGAAUUUACGAGCUUUUCGGCGAAACUUUGAAAGCUGGGGUAGUGUAGUGUUUCCUAAGGCGUCUGUGAGCACGCCUGAGGUGUUGGUCGAGUCUUUCGAACCGGGCGCCAGCAUAGCGCAAUUUAUCUUAAGGACCUUCUAGUAGUAGAGAUGAAAAGGGCAAGCGGUGCAGCACGGCCGCGCAACGCAUACCACAGUGUCGUGUUUGGCUUGCGCUAGGGCAUUCUCUAAGCAACUUUUCUUUUGACUUCAAGCUAUGUAGAAAUAUAGAGAGCUUCGCUCUCAAGGACCGACACGAACGCUAAAGAUGUAGGACUUCGUGCUAGACAAAUAGAAUUAGUGGAAAAUAUUUUCCAGAUGAUGUUGUAAUCAUCUCAUUUGUAGAUUCCCACGUUUAUCGCUGGGGCCAUUAUGUUGACUGACGGACGACCCACUCUAAUGUUCAAGCUUAAGCAACAGGACAGAGAUCGGGAAAAGCGAAAGCGCGAGCUACUGGACAAGGGCGUGUCUGAGAAUUUCUGCCCGACUACAGGUGAAGCACAGGAUGGCCGCGGCAUCUUCCGUAGUGGAACGCCAGUCCCACAACUGCUGAGUGGCAGCACCUCUUCGAGCAGCAGCAGCAGCAGCACUAGUGCGAGCAGCAAUUCCUCUAGUUUUUCGCAACCUAGCGCUCCUACAACUGGCGCGCUCGGCGGUGCAUCCUCCUCCUCAAUAAACGCAGCAAAUCCGGAGUAUGAAGCAGGAGAGAUGCAUGGAGAAUUGGUGGAGAAGUUGGGCACGCUCGGGCUCAUGGCGCUUCUGAAAAUGAUAAUCUUAUGGCCAGUUCGAAGAUGAAUACCUAGUGUGGCUACUGUAGAUUCUUCAUGGUAAUUGAUUGAAUAUUUCCUGGCCAGUGGAGUGGAGCUACUGACCAUAGAAGAGCGCACUUCCUGCUGCUUAGACGACUAUCUUCUACUCUCUGAAUUUAUGGAUCUCCAUCUCUCUAAUGAGCGUGGACAACUUUAUACAUGCUGACAUGCAUCCUGGAAAUGUCUUCGUGCGGCAUCACGAGCCGCGUGGGGGUUAUUUGACUACUCUCAGACACAGAGUGCAGAACUGGAUUAUGGGUUUAGGCACCGAUCUCGCUAUGGUUCCACAGCUCUGCCUCUUGGACGCUGGUACUGUUUUUGGUGGCGUUUAUAGAAGAAUUGGAAAUGUCAGCGUCCUCGUGGUUGGUGUUUUCUUUGCUCAAGACUUUCCAAAGACAGCACCAGGAGCACUUCUCAUACAAUCCGCGAGUACCUGCACAGACACAGGCUAAAAAGAAAUGUCCACCUGAACAUGUACGCGCCAAGCAAAACACUAUUCGAAUGGAUAACAAGUUUUGGAAGACUCACAGUCUAAUUCGGCCUCAUCUAAUCAGCACAGCAUUUCAAAGCUCAUAGUCUAAAACUAAAUUGACGUAUAGUUCUUGAUUCAAUCAUCCUUGUUGUUGACAGGCCUCUCCGCUCGCAUUGACCCAUCGCUCGGUGAGAAUGUCCGUGGUUUUUUUUCAGCAAUGUUGAAGUAUGACGGUCGCGCGCUAGCAAAGGAGAUAUUGGCCCUGUCGGAAGCGAACCAUGGCAAUCUGGACUUUGCUAAUCGGGAAGCGUUUGUUGACUAUGAGGAGCAAACUGAAAAUUAAAAUACGGUGAAAUUUUUGUUUGGUGGGCGUUUAUUUUGUACGGGGGGGCGAUGAGGUUGAGGGUGCGGGCUUGGUUUCGGUUAGUAUUACGGGCCAGCUCUUGCAAGCUUCGCCCGGCUCCGGUCAGUACAGUGAAAGGAUCACGAGAAGCCUGGGCUCAGGCUAGACGUUUCAAGUUAAACGAAGGAGCCCGAUGGUGCUACAAUGAAGGGCCGCUACUCGAAGGUCUUCGGCUGUGGUUAUUUGGGUAGGGUGGGACUCAUUCGCGGCGCGGUGCUUUGCGCCCCUAAUGUGGUGCAGAGUUUCCAAGGGGUGGCGCCUGUGGUCUCUGUCCAGGAUGCGGCCGGGCUCCACCAGAUAAUGGACAAGACGCAACGCGCACGCGCGUGGAUUCGCCACCCCAUUCCCCUGACGGCGCCGCCCAGUGGUCGACAGCGGUACCAACAUGCCUCUGGCGCACUUGCUUGCGACCACAUUCGCGAAGAAACCGACAAUCACAGCGAACGCCCCACGGCCGUGCAGUCGCUGAGGCUGCGCGCUUUUCGUGCUUCUGUGUGUUGAGCUCUCCGCCUGUUUUUCUGGAAAACAAAGGAGGAGCGAGGGAGGCGGGGGCCCCUUGGAUGGGGUUGCCCACGCGCGUGUUGUCGGUGGGUGUAUUUGUCGCGCUGAACGAAUUCGACAAGGUGCAGGCCGUGAGGGUGAGGCAGCUCGGGCCUGCGGACUUGGUUGCGCUCGCAGUGGGUCGCGUUGCUUUCUCUUUGGAUCAGUGGCCUCGGGGGUUGUUGGGUUUGCAUCGUUUCGCAUGGCUGCGCGCGUGUUGUCGGGCACGCCGCGGGCCCGGGCGCUCUCCCUCCACCGCGCGCUUCUGCGCAUAGACAUCAGCCCAAGCAUUGAUAGUACUGGGGCGGGUGGGAGACGCUGGCCAAGCGCUGGGCGCGUGUGCGCGGGGCAGUUUGUCUCUGGAACGCUUUCAAGCUUUCUGUUCCUUUGGGAUAUGCAUGCUUGGGCACAAGACUCGGAAUCAGCGGGAUGGGCGGAUGGAUGUUCUCGCAGGAAACAAAUUCCUGCGCGCCUAGCUUGCAACUUUACUCGAACACGCACCCCUGGAGCAGGGACGCCCGUGGGAUGUUAUAAGUACGCGCGCCAGGCGACUCUCUUAGCAUUCAGGAACAGGGAGGUGCAAGGAGAGCGCUCCGGCCCUUCUGAGGGCUUCCAAGAAGUCGCAGGAAUUGGCCAAGGCUAGGCCCAUAGGGGUGAAAGUGAGCCAGUGGGAACCAUGAUCCCAAAAUUGAUGGGGAUGUUAUCGUUAGGAAGUUACUGGGGCGCCAUGUAUGGCCGCUAGCCUCGGGCGCUUGGUUUUUAGUGAAUGAGUAAGUCUGAGUCAGUUAAGUUAGAUUGGUAGCCGCUCGUGGUCGGCCUUCUGUUGUUGACCAUGACCUUGCGAGAGAGUGACUGGUAGUUAUAUGAAUUGCUUGUCGUGCUACUUAUCAGUAACGAUAGAUGUGUUGAAGCGUAGUUAUGUGCUGACAAGGUUUAAACGUAACCCUAACCGUAUAAUGAAGUGUGCGGCCAGGUGAAGUUUCUGGUCUAAUAAAGAGAGCUGUCUGCGAAAGGGCACGUCUGGCGACGCAUUCGGAAGGACCCAAGGUUGUAUCGCAUGUCUCGUAGCCGAGACGUAAUCAAAGACGUCUUGGAUUGCUGUAGACGACACCGGCUCGAGCUGGAUCCGACGAUUCUAGUGGCAGUGGUAAAAAUAUUUCCUUUUGAGAAAUCCUUAAAGCCAUGCUAGUACCACGUUCAGGUUCACAUCGUUUCUAUUUUAUUUUCUUCUGUGAGUGAGUCCUUGUUCGUCAUUUUCUUUCUGUGAACUUGGAUUUUUCACCACAAUUAUGAGGUAUCCACGAUAACGUUGGAAGGGUGGCAGUACGAACUCGACCCGUCUGUGAACAUUAUGCAUCAUGUUGAUUUGACGCUACGCCAGAACGCUGAGUGGGGUAACCGCAUGGCAAGAAUAGACAGUGCCCUUCGAUCAAUCAUGAAUUAUGGCACUAAGAUGGCCUCCUUUGCUUUAUGAGAUUGUAGAUGAAGGUCGUAACGAUAAUCGGCUCCUGUGCUGAUGAAAUUGAUAUCUAGAAGUAAGCUUAUCGGACGGGCGAGUUCUGCAUCUGCUUGUUUCUCAACCGCCUCUACUUUGUUUCUCACAUCACUCUCGCUAAGAAGUUGAAUCAAAUGCAAAUGGUCAUCAAGACGUCUUCUAAAUAUACUUACAUGUUGUAACCCUACAAGGAUGAUAUUCCAACAGAUGAUAUUUUUCCAAUGGUCUUAUGCAUUUUCAGGUCAUCGCUUGAAACACUUUCAGCGCAUCCAGGGAUUGUUCCUAACAAAUAUUUGACCGAAAAGGGCUCCUUGUUUAGGAGUGUCUGUGCGCAGUUCGAUACCUUUUUGUGCGCCUUGUCUUCGCACUCUUCAGGUUCGUGAAGAAGCACG